UAUCCUACACCUUUCUCCUUAUCCUUCACUCAUCUCUCCUUAAUCCCAUUUAUUGUAAACGCGUUAUUCCCCUCUUUCAUCAGCGUAACCUCCUAUGUUGUUUCACCCCUGCAAUUCAUCUCUUCCAGAAAUUCAUCACCGUCUGCGAUUUCCGGCAUCAUAAGCCCUUGAAUCGAAACCUAAAGGGCUUCAUGGAUUUCCCUUUUUUCCCUCUCAUCCAGAUUCUAACCAUUCUUCCCUUCAAUCGCAUCUCUCACAGCCUGCUCCGAUGAAGCAUUGUGGUAGAAACCUGCAGUCCAACGGGUUGACUGGUACGCUGCCUCCAGAGCUUGGAAAUUUGAGAUACCUUCAAGAGCUUCGGCUGGAUAGGAAUAAGCUUCAGGGAUCUGUUCCUGCUGGUGGCAGUUCGAACUAUGAUUCAAAUAAGAAUGGGAUGUAUGCAUCAGAGGAGAAUAUAACUGGCUUCUGUAAUUCGUCUCAAUUAAAAGUAGCAGACUUUUCAUAUAAUUUCUUAGUUGGUAGCAUACCAAAAUGCUUGGAGAAUCUUCAAAUUUUAAGCUAUCAAGGGAACUGCCUGCAGAGCAAGGACAUCAAGCAACGGCCUUCGAUGCAAUGCGCUGGUGCUUCACCUGCCAAGAGUCAGCCAGUGGUGAACCCAAACCACCAACCUGUUGAACAUAUGCCCAAGCAUCAUGGAUCAUCAAAACCUUCUUGGCUUUUAGCCAUAGAAAUAGUAAUGGGAACUAUGGUCGGUUCUCUCUUUCUGGUUGCUGUUCUCGCUGCUUUCCAUAGGUGUAACAAAAAAUCAGCUAUCAUUAUUCCUUGGAAAAAAUCUGCAAGCCAGAAAGAUCAUAUUACAGUUUAUAUAGACCCUGAGAUGUUAAAGGAUGUGAGAAGGUAUAGCAGACAAGAUCUUGAAGUGGCAUGUGAAGACUUCAGCAACAUAAUAGGGUCCUCACCAGACACUGUGGUCUACAAGGAGACCAUGAAAGGUGGGCCUGAGAUUGCUGUAAUUUCCCUCUGCAUUAGGGAGGAGCAAUGGACAGGGUACCUUGAACUCUAUUUUCAGAGAGAGGUGGCAGAAUUGGCUAGGCUAAAUCAUGAGAAUACUGGAAAAUUACUGGGGUAUUGUAGAGAGAGCACUUCGUUUACAAGGAUGUUGGUUUUUUAUUAUGCUUUAAAUGGGACACUUCAUGAGCACCUACAUUAUGAAGAAGGAUGCCAGUUCUCUUGGACACGACGUAUGAAUAUUGCUAUAGGCAUUGCACGCGGACUCAGAUAUUUGCACACAGAAGUUGAACCUCCAUUCACUAUCUCAGAGCUGAAUUCUAAUGUUGUAUACCUUACAGACGAAUUUUCCCCUAAGUUGGUUGAUUUUGAAAGUUGGAAGACAAUUCUUGAAAGAUCAGAGAAGAAUUCUGGUUCAAUUAGCAGCCAAGGUGCUGUUUGUGUUCUUCCAAACUCCCUUGAGGCGCGCCAUCUUGAUAUCCAAGGCAAUGUUCAUGCUUUUGGGGUACUCCUACUAGAGGUAAUCAGCGGGAGGCCUCCAUACUGUAAGGACAAAGGGUACUUAGUGGCCUGGGCCAAGCAGUAUCUUGAAAUGCCCGAAGUAAUGUCACAUUUGGUUGAUCCGGAAUUGAAAAACUUCAAACAUGAUGACCUCAAAGUGAUAUGCGAGGUAGUACGUCUUUGUAUCAAUCCUGAUGCAACUGCACGUCCAUCUAUGCGAGAAUUAUGUAGCAUGCUGGAGAGCAUAAUCGACACAUCAGUAAGCGUGGAUCUCAAGUCAUCAUCUCUGGCUUGGGCAGAACUAGCACUUCUAUCAUAAGAUAGUAUUCAAAACUAACAAAUCUACACUGAAGCAGAGAUAUACACAAGUUCCUUGCAUCAUCACCUGAUUUGAUUUCGGAUGCAACCAGAUACAUACAUACAUAGAUAGAUACCACCAACAUGUAGCAAAGUCAAUGGCGAAGUACCCAAAACCCAUCACCGAUUAGCCUCCAUUUGCUGCUGUAGUUUUGACUUGAUUAGCCUCCAUUUGCUGCUGUAGUUUUGACUUGAACCCUAUCACCGGUACUUCAUAGGGACCAUUUGAUUUUAUAGCAGCAGCUCUUGCAAAGUUCGUUGAUUCAGAACCUGAAGGUUUUCAUCCACCCCGAGGAAGACAUAUCUCGGCUGGAUUUUACGUUCUCAUUCCCAGUGAAGCAAACAAAGCAAGUGCACCUGGGAAUCUAAUAAGGUGGACUGAGGGUUUCCAUAUGAAGAUACAGUAAUUCUCUUUACCUUGAUUAUGUUUUCAAUUUUUUUUUAUUGAACAUCUUUCAUGCUGUCAUUUUAUCUUCAUUAUACUGUGAUGCAUCUGAAGACUUCCACGAGUCUGUCUCGGUUUCACAUACACACUAGCACAAUCCUUUUUGCUUCUGUUAAAGGUAUGCUUUGGUAUUGAAUGAAAACAGAGAAACUAAAGGGAUAAGGAAGAGAAUGGAAGAGAGUUAGGGGGUUAUAUAAUGAUUGUACUUCCAUUUUAUUGGGCAAUUUAAAAUCUUUCAAAAGUAGUAGAAGCUUGAAAUUUCCAUAAAGUUGAACAUGGAAUGCUUGAAACUCUCCCUUCCCCAUCCUUCUCCAUCCAAAUCAAACAUACCUCAACAAUUUUUUAUAAAACUCUGAAUCUGAAAUUACCAUCACGAAUAAGUGCUAAUCUCAGACCACAUGAUGUAUCACAGUUUCCUUGCAGUUCAUGGUCCUGCAGACCCAGUUAUCCCUGUCAAAGAUGCACAAUAGUUUCCCAAUAUUAUACCUAACCACAAAUUACAUAUCAUACAAGGAGCUGAUCAUAGUUACACUAAACACCAAGAUGAGCUCGGCUUCAUUGUUAUGAUCAUGGUUACUCAUACACUUGAUUCAUUUCGUGAUUCCAAAAUUAAUUGCAAUGAUUUGUUUGAUAUUAUUCUUAGUUUUCAAAUUAUAGAUGAAAAUCAUGUUUCCGCCUGGGAUCUUCUGCCUGACAUAUAUAAUUGUUCAUCGCAUUAUUUGAUGGUUUUUGGAUAAUAUUAUCUAUGCUCGUGCCUACACUUAUGAGCAUCACUACAACCUCCUGCAUGCUUUGGCCGCUAAAAUGUUUGAAGAACCAUUCAGACUUUUGGUGUGAUGUUACCGAUACUGAACACAGUUAUCUUCGAUUGGUUUAUUAUGGGAUAUGGAGAGUUAACAAAAUUGACUGAUGGAAGAUUGUAGAUUCAAUGAUUGCUUUGUAUAGGGUGGACUUUUCAGGAAAUGGGGAGCUUGCUGAGCGCCAUCAAAAACUGGCACAAAUUCAUUCUCGAUUGAUACAGAUAGCUGAGGAAUUCAAUGUAUCAAUUUACAUGACAAAUCCAGAAGUUCGAAAACUUAUGCAAUGGAACGCGACUAAUAGUGGUUGAUCUUGGAACAUAUGUCAUAAAAGCCACUGUAAUAACUGGAACCAACAUUGGAGAUGACAUUUUCAUUCCAAGAUUGGACAUGGUUCCAUCUGACUCGGGUUACCCGUUUAAGUUUGAAAGGCGUUAGUUUCCGAUCAGUUUGUGCUUUGCAAUGACUAUAAAUAAAAGUCAAGGUCAGUCACUAUCCCACGUUAGCCUAUAUCUUUCUCGCCCUGUAUUCACACAUGGUCAGCUGUAUGUUGCUCUCUCCAGGGUAAGAUCAAGAAAAGGACUCAAACUAUUAGUGCUGGAUGAGGAAGAAAAAGUGACAAACACUACAAAGAACGUAGUUUACCGAGAAGUAUUUGAAAAUAUAUGAAAUAUGUAUUUUAUUUUUUUAAAGUCACUCUAUCACUUUUUUUUUUAUUUCAGCAGCAUAAUAAAUUACAGAUUGGUGCUAUUCAAUUUUAUUUCACCAUUUGUUUCGUGAUA